GGCGCCCCUACACUACUGUAAUAUUUCUAAUGAUAAACAGCAUUUAGCUUUUAUUUGGCUUUCAUCAUGGAUAGAUAGUAGAUGACCUGCCUCCCCGUCCCCCAGAAUAAAUACCAGUGUUCCCCUUUUACUCCCAUUUCACAGUUGAGGCACUGAGCGAGGAGAAUGAGACAUGGCUGUGUUGCUGAUUAGAGAGAGGAAACAAAGAUUUGUGUGAUUUUAGUUAAGACCAUUAAUAAGGAUUGCUUAUGGGCUGUGAUGGGAUAGAUGAGGCCAGAUCACUCAUUGUUUUCAUCAAAAGAAAAUAAAGAGAUUAAAAGAUGAGAUGGUGUUUAUCUGUGUUUCAGGCACCUAGGAAAAAACCAGCUUAGUACACAAGCACGGACACAGUCACUGAAAUGGAAAUGCACAAGGGGAUUUGUCCAGAUCUGUUUCAGGGAGAGCAGGGUCCUUUUCAGUGGUGUGGAGCAAUGCUGUCCAAUCAAACUUUCUGCAGUGUCGGAAAUCUUCACUGUCCAGUUUGGUAGCCACUAGCCACCAGUGGCUUUUGAACACUCGAAAUGUGGACAGUGUGACUGAGGACCUGAUGUUUUAAUUUUACUUUGUUUUAAUUAAUUUGAAUUUAAAUGCUGCGUGUGGCUGGGAGCUACCAAAUUGGACAGUGCCAGUAUAGAGUAAGAAGAAAAAGGUGGAGUAGUAUCAAAACCAGAACCAGCAUGUUGUUGGACCAGAUAAACUUCCAUGUUCCUGAAACGUUUGGAUCUUUAGGAUCUUGAGUGAGUACUGGCACUAGAUUAGGUGUGUGGGCCAUGUAAUAAGGUUGUUUGCAUUUUCUUCUUUUGUAACUGCCCCUUUAACUACUCUAGAAACUACAGCUGCAGAGCACAAGCACUUGUGGAGGAUCAGUCAAGUCCUGUCACCUCUGCUCAUCCUCUCAACUAUCAGGCUUUUUUUUUUUUUAGUGGUGGGGAAGGGGCAGGAGGAGAGGGAGAGAGAGAAUCUCUAGUAGGCUCCACGUCCAGCACAGAGCCGGACAUGGGCCUCGGUGUCCAACCCCUAGAUCACCACCCGAGCCAAAACCAAGAGUCGGAUGCUUAACCAACUGAGCCACCCAGGCGCCCCUGAUCUAUAAGGCUUUUUGAAACGCAGGUGUUUGCUUCCACUUUGUCAUGUUUCACUGGAUCUUUGAUUGCUUCUGCAGCAGUUCUCCAGAGAAAAGAUUGUAGUUAGUGACUCACAGCCCUUUGGUAUCAAGAGCUGGUAUUUACUAUACUAGGUGGUUAAUAGGUUUUAUUAUCUAGAGUUUGGGAUUUACUGCCUUUGAGGCAACAGUUGUGCUAAUCCUCAUGUGAGUUUCCCUUCCUCCUCUCUAGGGUGACAAUCAAAAGAAUGAAAAGACACUGUCCUUUCAUCCGAGCAUUUGUGUGACAGGAGGCAGAUAACCAGAAUUAUACGAUGGCUUUCUUCAUAUUGAUGAGGUUGUAGCAAUUAAAGAUAGAGAUGGUGUAUACCCCAUUGAUUUGCAACUUCUACAGAGUUUAAAUUAAUUGAGAGCAAGCAAAGAAUAAAAAAACAGAUAAAUAGGUACACUCAUACUCUGUAUCUGUAAACCCACCCCAUUCAUUGUUGAAAAUCCUGUGCCCAUAUUUGUCCGCAGUUAUUACUAUGAACUUGAAGCUGAAUUUGAAAACUCUGGCACAAACUAGAGCCUGUCUUUCCCUGUAGUAAGAAGUGUGCUGUAUGUACACAAAGGAAAUGUUGUUAUAUGGAGAAACUGGAUUAUAAGAAUCAUUGCUUUGUUUUCUUCUGGGGAUUAGUAGCAUAUUGUUUAGUGGGCCCACACUUCAGUGUCCUAAUAUCUGUUCUCCAUGUCUCCUAGAAGACUGUAACUACAGCUUCUAUGAUUACCACAAAGACACUACCUCUCGUCUUGAAAGCAGCAACUGCGACCAUGCCUGCCUCUGUUGUGGGCCAGAGACCUACCAUUGCUAUGGUGACCGCCAUCAACAGUCAGAAGGCUGUGCUCAGCACUGAUGUGCAGAACACACCAGUCAACCUCCAGACGUCUAGUAAGGUCACUGGGCCUGGGGCAGAGGCUGUCCAAAUUGUGGCAAAAAACACAGUCACUCUGGUUCAGGCAACACCUCCUCAGCCCAUCAAAGUACCACAGUUUAUCCCCCCUCCUCGACUCACUCCACGUCCAAACUUCCUUCCGCAGGUUCGACCCAAGCCUGUGGCCCAGAAUAACAUUCCUAUUGCCCCAGCACCUCCUCCCAUGCUUGCAGCUCCUCAACUUAUCCAGAGGCCCGUCAUGCUGACCAAGUUCACCCCCACGACCCUCCCUACCUCCCAGAAUUCCAUCCACCCCGUCCGUGUCGUCAAUGGGCAGACUGCAACCAUAGCCAAAACGUUCCCCAUGGCCCAGCUCACCAGCAUUGUGAUAGCUACUCCAGGGACCAGACUCGCUGGACCUCAGACUGUACAGCUUAGCAAGCCAAGCCUUGAAAAACAGGUACAGGCAGAGUAUGCAUCUGCUUCGGGCAAUAGUAGCCUUGCCGUUGAGGCUGGGCUGGCUCUGAGAAUGCUUUAUCUCAGCACCAUUGUCAGUAACCUGUUGCUUAUCAUGUGAUCAUUUAUCCACAGUGCAAAAGGGCUAAUCUUACUGAAGAAAGUUGGGUUGCUUUCCCCACCAUCCCCUUCCAGGUGGAUUCAGAUUCCUGUGGGAGUGAGCUCCCCCUGCUGGUUCUGAGCUGAAAUUCACAGAUGGGUUCUGCUGCUCUCCAGAAGCACAGAGAUAUAUAAUACACAGAAAAUGGCAUAUUAGUAAGGGCCCAAUAAGAAUCCAGAUGAGGAUAUGACUGUGAAAGUCAGGAAGACUAAACAAAACGGGGAAAGGAAUUUCAUUUGACAGAUUUCCCCUGGUUAUUACAGAUAAUGAAGAACCAAAUGAAAAAAAUUAAAAUUUCUAAAAAGCAUUUUUUUUAACUCUAGAGAAUACAGCCGUUUUAGCCCAAAUAUUGAAGUCUCUCAUGUAUAUUUCUAAAGUCAGAUUUUCUCUUAAAAACACAAGGCUAGAGAAAUACAAGUAACCUCCAAAAAUACUUAAGGGUUCUGUGACAGAAGACUUCUAAAAACAAGAAAAAUAAUUUAUAGGCAGUUAACCAUAUUCUGUUUAAAGAAAGACCAAUGAUGAGAAAGAAGAAUUUUGCAAAGAAAAGCAUCCUCUUUCAAGAAAGUUGCUUUAAAAAGUCAUUGACCUAGGGCGCCUGGGUGGGUCAGUUGGUUAAGCGACUGCC